UGAAUCAUGUCUGUUCCCAACGUUCAACGUUCAGAAUGUGUUCAGUUUAUUGCAGAUACGGCAUUCAUUAAGCGUUGAUGAGACAGGACGAAUUUGAAGUCGCAUUUCGCCUGCAACUGACUAAGUGGCUCGAGAAACUAGACUCCGUAGAACAGUACGUAACAGCGCAUAGUGAUAAUGGACGCAGUAAAAGGGCAGGGGGAGGUAACUCUCAAACAAGAUGAUGUGUUUGAUUUAUCCAUACCUGGGAAAAAAGAAGAUUAUGUGGGUAAGGGAAAAGCAAUCUCUGUAUACAGUGAUCCAACAUUUUCACCUCAGAACGUGUCGCGUACCGAAAUCCUGGACUUUGGAAACGAAGGAUUUUUGUUGAAUAAUUUGUUAACUCGGGAUGAGUGUGUACACAUUAUUCAAGAGGGAGAGAAGAUUGGUUUCGAACCCAUCGAAAACGGACGGUUAGACUAUCGCAGUUCUGAGAGGAUACUGCUGAGAUGUCCCGAACUCUCUGAGCUGUUAUAUAAGCGGACCGAACCCUUCCUUGGACAAGUCACCAUUGACGGGGAGCCCACCGACUAUCAUGUACAGGGGGUCAAAGCAGCUCUCCAGGGCACAUGGACACCAAUAGGUCUUAACGAGAUCUGGAGACUAUGUCGUUACUAUCCCGAGGGCCAUUUCGCUCCCCACUUUGACGGACACUUCGUGAGGAAUCAAAGAGAGAGGUCAUUGAAAACGUUCAUGGUCUACCUGAACGCCGAUUUCACUGGAGGUACCACAAAUUUUGUGCAGGAGGGACAGCAGCUCUAUAAGGAUGAUACAGGGAAGUUCUGUGCCGAGGAGAAAAAGAUCUUGUGUCGCCUUCAGCCUCUGGAGGGUCAGGCCAUUGUAUUCAAUCAUCAUCGCCUGCACGAGGGCGGGAGACUUAAGAGCGGUGUAAAGUACAUCUUGCGGACGGAUCUGAUGUACAGGAGGUGUGAUGACGGGAGAACCAGCCCGAGGGAGGAGAGGGCUAUCCUGCUGCUCCAGGACGCAGAGAGGUGUGAGGAAAAUGGGGAGAGCACCCGGGCUGCCGAACUUUACCGGCAAGCUUUUAAACUGUCUCCGAGCAUUGCCGAGCAGUUUCGGAGCUGAAACAGCAAGGCAUUGACUAGCUCGACCUGCUCACAGGAAGAUAGGAAUGGAUUCAAGCAUGUAAAACACUGAACUAGAGUAAAAUAAUUGCGAUAUCUCGUGGUGCCUUGAGAGUAUACAGCAUGCCAGUCGGGUAUAUAUAUUUAGCAGUAGUAGCAGAGAUUUUCCACAACACUAGUUUUUAAUAGAACUAAUUAUUUUGAGUAAAUGUUAUGGAGUCGGGAAAUUGAACUACAUUUAAGGAUUAUAUAUUCCAGAGGGAAGUUUAAUUUUAAAAGACGACAAACACCAUUUGAAAAAAAAAUCAUAAUUGGAAAUAUGUUAUCGCGUAUAUUAUAUUAUAUUAAUGUCUCCGGCACACAUCACUCAUUGAAAAUAUUGUAUUUUCAUGGACAUGUCAAUUUUUGUCUUUCCUUUUCUCCUUUUGUUCUCGUUCAGUGUAUUGUGAUGAAUCGAUGCUGAGUUCAGCAUGUCUCUCAGACAAUGAGUGAGUUCCUGGAGAUAACUGGAUGUGUUGAGCUGUAUCAUCCCGCGUGAUUCAUCACGCCAUUAGUGUUGAACCUCGUCGUCUUAACGAUCAACAUACAACACGGAUGACAGCCGUUAAUCUCUUGUCAGCACAGAGGAUUGAACAUAGGACACAGGACAAAGACUUCAGGUUGCACACAAGGCUAAAGGUAACGGUGGAGCUCCAGACAGUACAUUGGCGCUGCAAUUAACGAAGGCCAUAGGUAACUGUUGGGAUUGAGAUAGUACACAGUGACGCAGCGAGGGCGAAGGGCAACGAUGUAACUUCAGAUAAUACAUGGACGCAGCAUUUAGUGAAGACCUUAUAUGUGACAGUAGAGUGUUACGUAGCACACUGACGCGGCAUUUAGCGAAGAGCAUAGGUGACAGUGGGGCUUCAGAUAGUUUAAUGCUGCAGCAUUUAACGAAGCCCGCAUGUGACGUUGGGGCUUCAGCUAAUACACUGACACAGGCUGAAACGGACAAAGGUGUACAUCAUCUAUGCAUCAUGUGCUAGCUAAACAUCUUCAUUGUUCCUCCAAUGGAGGCUUUCCGUUCGAGCCCAUGCAAGGAGCUCGUACUGAGGAUCUCACUAUCACACGAAGAAGUACCUACAUGAGUUAAUAUCCUUGGUGUAGCUUUCUUUGGUCCAAUUAUAGGAGCCACGACUGGACAAUCCUUUUGUGUUAUAUAAAAAGAUACACACAUAUAUACAUGUUGUCAAGCAGGGGAUUGGUGCAUGCAUUGUUUGGAGAAAGCGAAGUGGAUCGAUGAUGACAAUAAUACUGGAUAUAUCACACAAGCGAAUACUGAAUGGUUCUUCUGUAUAAACUGUCACCAUGCAUGGAAAUGGAAGCACUUACGCAUGCACUGAUGCAGCUUUUUUAUGUAGGAACACUGUUGGAUUCGGGCCAUGAAGUCAGAAUAUUCCGAUAUGUAUCGCAUAUUAGCUGUGCAAAUAAUUUAUCUUCGCCACACAUAGGCGUUGAAGUAUAUGCUUUAUACUC